CUGAAGGAUGUGGGUACCAGAAGGAUGCAGAAAGGGAGCGCCCCAAAAUACGGCUACGGGGAGAUGCCAGGGGAUGGGGGCACCAGGGGAUGGGGGACGAGGGCACCAGAUAUGGGUACCAGGGGGCUGCAAAUACAGGGGGAUAAAGGUGCCACAGAGCUCAGGUCCAGAAAACCCUCCUGCAGCCAUGGCGCUGGUGAAGAGUGGUUGGCUUUGGCGGCAGAGCUCCAUCCUGCGCCGCUGGAAGAGAAACUGGUUUGUCCUCUACCUGGAUGGCAGCUUGGUUUACUACCACGACGAGACGCAGCGUGACAUGGAUGGCCGGAUCCACGUCAAAUACAGCUGCCGGGACGUGAGGACUGGCCGUGAGUGCAGAGAUGUGCAGCCACCCGAGGGGAAGAGCCGUGACUGCUUGCUGACCGUCGUGCUGCGGGACGGCUCCAAGACGACACUGUGUGCCGAGAGCGAGGAUGACGCCGUCGCUUGGAAGAUGGCUGUGCUGGAGGCUAAAUCCACCCCGGUGCACGUCUACGACCCCUACGACGACGACUACUACCAGACGGUGCCCCUCGACUCCCACCAGACCGCCUACAUCAGCUCCGGUCACUACGGCCACCAGUAUGGAGCUCCUGGGGUGACCCACGUCAUCGUGCGCGAGGAUCCCUACCGGGUCUCCGGGGACCAGAUGGCUUUGGGGCUGCUGGCGGGGGCUGCCACUGGCGCUGCCCUCGGCUCCUUCAUGUGGAUGCCGUGCUGGUUUUAGCAGCGCCCUGCCCUCCUCCUGCAGGAUGUGCCCCCCCCCCAAGCCGGGUCGCAGCCCCCUGACGUGGCCCCCUUUGCCUCCCCAGCCCAGUUUAUCUCGCCCCCGGCUUGGUGCCUGCUAUGAGCCACCCUCAGCCUACUGAAACCAGCCUGCUCAGCCCCCUACCCCCUGGGGACACAGAUCCAGCCCCAAACCCACCCCAGAGCCCCUCCCAGCUCCAGCUUUUGCAUUAAAUAACCCCCACGUGCUUCAGAGACCCCCCCCAACCCGCCCCGCCAAGACCCCACAGCAUUCGAUUCCCAUCUGCAAAGGGCCUGGGGAGCUGCCUGGGCCGUGGGCAGGCGGGAGGGCACAGUGCCCCAGCCCCGCUCUGCAGGGAGCUGGCUGCAGAAACACUUGUUUUUUGGAGCAAGGGGAAUUAUCUGGGGGGAGGUGGCUGAAUAUUUUUGCAGCCCCAGCUGGGCCAGGUGAAGCCCACCGCAGAGCUGCUUUUUAACAACUUUUUUAGGGGGAGGCGCCAGCACUAGAGCAGGUGCUGACAUGAGAGGCAACCCCAGGGGUGCUUGAGACAGGUUAUGUUCACAGUUAAGGGGGAUGAAAACCUUUGCUGGAUUUUCACCCCCUUUCCAGCCUCGCGCCCCCCCCCAGGGCUUGGCCAAGCUGGAGAAAUGGUGCAGCCUCCCCUGGGAACUGGGCUGGGAAGAACUCUGGGAAUAUCGUGGUUUCCCCAGCCAAGCAGCAGUCACUGUGGGAGGGACACAGAGCAUCUCGAGUUUCACUCUGAAUUUUGGGAAGGGGAAGAAAUCACCUGGGGACAAGGGUAGAUCUCCCUGGGGACCAGGGACCCUUUCUGGCAGCCGACCCAGGGCUGUAUAAGCAGGGAUUUAGGGGGAGCACACACAGUCCCUUUGUGUGACCCUGAGGCCAGGGGACAAGCAGCAGCUCACCUUUGCGUUGGGCAGCACCAGGCAACCGUCGAUGGAAUGGGGAGAGGCACAGCUGCCAAGCAUCACCCUUGGAGGCAAGAUUUUAUCCCCAUCGAUAUGAAACAAAUUCAAGAAUUACAAAUAAAAACCACAGCUAGAUU